ACGUCGCUUCGUGCGCCUCAGUCGUUCGUGGACCUCGAAGGACGAUAGAGGUCGAAGAGGGCACUUCCUCCUCUCCUGGCCUCGCGGACUCUUUCGGCACGUUCCUCUUCCUCGAGUCUCCUCUCUCGGUCUUUCUCCUCUUCCUCUUCUCUCUUCUUCCUCCUCCAUUCUCCAUCUCGGUCACGAGGGCCUCCGGCAACAAGAUAAUCGUCCGCCGGAGUAAAAGGAUUCCGCGCGAAGGUAUCGUUUCGUAAAGUCGUCACCGGCAACGUCGUGAUACACCAGAACAGGGUAACGGAAGGAUGCGUCGUCAGCUCUCGCUCGUCCUCGGGAUCGUCCUUCUGGGCUGCCUUCAAGAUUAUGUAUCCGGUGCAUGUCCCAGGAUAUGUCCACCGAGCGGCGAACCCGUUUGUGGCAGCGAUGGUGUCAUAUACGCGUCGCAGUGUGAAAUGCGGAAGAAGAUGUGUGGAAAGGGUGUUACCGUGGCCACGGAGAAGACGGCUUGCCUGAGGUCAUCCGGUAGUAAGUGCGAGCAUCGCUGCCCGGGUGAUCAGGAUCCGGUAUGCGGCACCGAUGGGCGUACCUACUUGAACAAGUGCAUGCUCAGGGUGGAGAUCUGCCGGGUCGGGAUCGAGCUGUCUCAUCUUGGACCAUGCAACAAUAUUUCGGCCCACAGGGAGAACUGCCCGGUCUCGUGCGACUUUGCGCCGCUCGACGGACCGGUUUGCGGAAGCGACGGAAACGUCUACAAGUCUACGUGUCAGAUGAAGCUGCUCACUUGCGGACAAGGCGUCGUGCGUACGAAUAAGAAACACUGCCAGACCACAAGACACUGUCGUGAAUCGUGCUGGCGUGGUGCCAAGCCCGCCUGCGGUAGCGAUGGCAUUUUAUACUCAAACACCUGCAAAAUGCGAGCGAAGAACUGCGGCAAACACGUGUUCGAAGUGCCGAUGUCGUUCUGCGUAUCCCGCGAACGAACAUCCGGAAGCAACGCGUGUCCCUUGGACUGCAAAAACGAGCCGGAAAUAUCGGUUUGCGGAUCGGACACGAAUAUAUAUAGGAACGAGUGUGAGAUGCAAAUGCUAAACUGUGGGCAUGCAAGACGAAAGAUAACGGUAGUGGACUUCGAGAAGUGUCGAUCCCGGCUAACUAAAUGUAUGAAGCAACAGCAGAGGUGCGGAAGCGAAGUGGAUCCGGUUUGCGGUAGCGAUGCGAAUACCUAUUCAAACCAAUGCCACCUAAAUGUAGCUGCUUGCUUAAAGGGCAUCCAAUUGGCCCACGUUGGUGAAUGCACGACCUUGAAGGAGAUCGAACACUGCCCCGAAGAUUGCACCGAAGUUCCCGAGGAACCAGUUUGUGGAAGCGACGGCAACGUUUAUCGGUCUCUCUGCCAUCUGCAGCGUGAGACUUGCGGCCAGAGGGUAGUUCAAGUUCCGGCACAACAUUGUCGCACCACCGCACUCUGUAACCAGAUCUGCAGCGGGGAGCGUCAGUUUGUUUGCGGCUCCGACAACAAGCUCUAUCGCAACGAGUGCGAGAUGAAGAGGGACAAUUGCGGGAAACACGUGUACGUGGUGCCUAUGAAGAGAUGCGUCCAGGGUUUCUUGUUUCGCGGCUGUCAGAAGAUCUGCCCGCCUUAUUACGACCCCGUUUGCGGCACCGACGGCAUGACGUACAGCAACGAGUGCUUCCUAGAAAUCGAGAACUGCCGCAGCAGGAGUCUCGUCACGAAAAAGUAUCACGGAGUAUGUGGUCAACCGACAGAGGAGCCGAAAAAUUAUCUCUACUAAAUCUGGAAAGGAAAAUGUAAAAAGAAAGAAAAUAAUCAACCGAACCGAGAUCAUUUCAUUCGUAACUUCUAGGAAUUCGAGAAACGACGAUUAUACUAUACAUUCAUUCGUCUCUAAGUAUUUAUUCGCUCGACAAGCCAGCUGCAAAUUCGCUGAUCGAUCGAGUAGUCGCCCUAUCUGAGCGUAUCAUUUUAGACACCAUCCAGACAAGCGCGGUGCGAUGGGAAGUUCUGUAAUUUGAAUCUUGUAAUGUGAAUGAAGAAAAACAGGUUCGAGAGAGAGAGAAACGAGCAUCUUGCCAGUCGCAGUCCGGAUUGUUAUCGUAACUUGUUACUGCUAUUUCUACGAUAAUACUGCCGCGAUUGUCGAUUCUUUCUCGCACGGGUGAUUCGCGCGACGGAAUUGUGAUUCGCAAAUGGAUAUCGUGCGUGAGAAUUGACGAGAAAUUGUCGCGGGCUUGAAAAUAUUGCCGCCCCCUUUUCUUAAAUGGAGAAAGAGCCGCCAGUCACGUAUCGAGUAUAUAGUCCUAUCGAGAUGUUCGCACAUACUUGACGAUAUAGAUUCAUUCUCUUAUUUAUUGUAGCAUUGAUCAUUACAUACGACGCGAUUUCAUUUCUCUCAUAGCUACGCCCGUCAUAUUAAUUAUGGCUAUUGAGGUAUCGACGCGGAAGCGAUGUCGGAGCGUAUUCUUAUUCUAGGGGAAUAUUGUGCUAUUACAUCUUCCGAUAUGUGAUGUGUGUUCAUUUAUUAUUAUUAAUAUUGUAUUAUCAUCGCAAUCUUAAUUUAUUAUCGAAUAUGCGAGACUUUCCCUUCUGUAUCGACACUAACACUGUAUACGCUUCCAACGUCAAUAAUAAAUCAUACAUGUAUAUUUUAAGAUAUAAAGCUGCAUAAAAAUUACACGUGCAACGUGUCUUGGAAACGA